AUGGCCGCCGUGGAGAGCGGAGAGGAGAGACUGUAAGUGAGGUUUUUACAUUUUUAUCCUCCGUAGAGAGCCGCCGCUGCCGCCGCCUCCGACCGCCGCCGAGCGUUUUCUAUCGUGCGUUUUAUUGAAGUAAAAGUGCGUUGAUUUUCACCCCGGCCUGUCUCCGCGGAGCGGGGUUAGCGGGAAUACGUCACCAACGUACUGCUAAGUGUGUACUUUAGCUCUGCUGUAGUCGGAGCGGGGGGACAGCUUUAGCUUACCCCGCUUCCCGUGCCUCGCCGGGCCGCUCUGACUUCAACACAACUCUCGGGAAGUCAGGCCGGUGUGUGUCCGCCUCAGACACCUCAGCCCCCGGUCACCGGAGGGAGCCGUGUCCGCCCGCCUCCGUCUCACACACGGGCUGCUAGCUUACAAGCUGUUAGCUGUUAGCAAACACUAAGAGAGUGUUUGUGUGUGAAGGGGGAAACUACUGCUCUGGUACCCGGGUUUACACCCUCACACACACACAAAUACACACCCCGGUACAUGGCCCACACCCCCACCCAACCCCUGACAGCUGUUUACUCCUGCUGCCUUAGAGCCACUGAGCCAGGCAAGAGUCGAACCUGUGACACUGUGAUGCUGUUUAUAAGAAAGGAGAGGGCAGUUUAGGUCCUAUAACCAUCCCAUCACCUCCACCUGCAGAUCCAUCACACAUGCAGAGGUUCUCACCUGAGGGGGUGGGGCCCUGUAACAUCACCUGUCAGGAGUCAGCUAGGUCACAUGACUUUAUUCUCAGGUUGUUGCUCAGCUGGAAUCAAAUUAAAUCCUCAGGCGUGAAAGGUGUACGGCCGACAAGUUCCAGGACUCAAACUAACAGUAAUGUUUGCUAUUAAAGCUCCUGUUAGUAACUUUGGGGUUGGGUCAGUUUUGGCGCCCUCUGAGGACUAGGGAUGUAAUGACAUGACAAUUAUUGUCUCCUAAAUUAUCACAGUUAUCAAUAUUAACACAGUAUUGUGGAAAUAUGUUCAAAAUGUUUAAAAAGUACUUCUACAUAAGGCUGCACGAUAUAACGAUAUGUUUCGUCUAAACGAUAGAAAAUUUCUAUCGGGAUACAUGAGCUCUAUCGUUUCUAUCGCGGUGUCGCAAAAACACGCUUUAUGGCAGUGUUUUACGUCGUGACGCUCCAUAUAUUGCAUGCCCGCACGCGCUACGGCCACUGUGAAAAAAACAAACAAGCAUGGAGGAGCCGGGUUAUUGUGGCGAAAGAGAUGACAAUUCUCGUGCAUCAAACGCAGACGAGCCAACGCAGACGGAGGAGCUGCUGCCGAAACGGGGGGGCAACGUCGGUUGUGUGGUUGUGGUUUGGUUUUAAAAGGAACGACACGGAGCAGACCGCUGUAGUUUUAUUCUGAGUCAGCACAUACAUGUAACUCUAUAUCGAUAUACUCUGAUCUAUAUUUGAUCUGAUGAGCGCGUUUGGACACUCCACCUGACCGAAUUAACACAGCUGAAACCGCAUUAAAUUAAAUAUCCAGUAAACAGUCACACAUGAUGAAGUUAACAAGAUAUUUAAUUCGUCUCCCCGCUUAUCCUUCUUCCUCGCGCAGCUUGAUAGGUGUUAUGCCGUAGAAUGCAUCCCUGCAUCCCAUCCACUCAUUAGCGUCUUAAAGUGGAAAAAAAAUUAUCUCAUAUUUAAAAAAACACGAGUAUUGGAUCAUGACAACAUGUCAAAUGGAGCAGCAAACUUUCGUUCUGUUUUUAGGUUUUUUAAAAAAGCACAUAGAGAGAUGUAUUUGCGUAUUUAAACUGUACAGUUAGCUGUCAUGGUAGAGAACAUUAUAUUUUCGGGGCAGGAAAUAUUCAGAAUCAGAGGGCUGUUAUUUUCGGCAUAUCUGAAUAGCCUGAAUGAAAUCAUUAAAGGCACACGCUUUAGAAUCAGUCCAACGGUAAGGAAAACUUGGAUUAUUUCGCCUUGUUAUGUAUCUUCAACCGCGCUCCCGUCAGGGGGGCAUUCUACAGCAGGGGUACAUUCUAUGGCACAACACCUGACGUGUCUCCGUGUCCUCUCCAUCCUCCUGCUGAUGCGGUGGCACGGCUGAUCAGAUGAUUUAUUUUAAUGAUCAGAUGAGUUAUUUACUUCAAGCCUACAUACGAAUAUUAUAUUUUAUAUAAGCUAUACAUCAACUGAAUUUACAAAAAAUGUACUAUAUCGUGAUGUAUAUCGUAUCGGGAUAUAAAAUGAGCUAUAUCGGGAUAUGACCAAAAUCUCAUAUCGUGCAGCCUUACUUCUACACGCCCUGAAGUCAUUUAGCAAAGUUUAAUUUUGAAAAAACAAUCAAAGGCUAUAUUCACACUGCAGGUUAUGAUGCACAAUUCGGACUUUUUGUUAAAUCCGACCUUUUUGUGUGGUCAUUCACAUUACAACAACGAAUGCAGCAUCUAAUGUGAAGGAAAUUCGUCUGUGAAGUGACCCGCAUGCCCACAAAGCACAAAUUGCUUUCCACGCCUGUUCGUGUUGUCGAACAAUGGUGACGUUUGUCGCAUAUUGAUGACAUAUAGGUCGGAUAAAUGUGACCUGAGCGUCCACACUGCAGUCACAUCGGAUACAUAUCCGUUUUAUAUGCACAUACAAAAGAGGCCUGGGUUGGAUUUGAAAAAAUCAGAAUUGCACUGUUCACACUUACAUGAAAAAAUCUGAUAUGUGUCACAUAUGGUUAAAAAAAUCGGAACUGACCUGCAGUGUGAACAUAGCCAAAAUAACAUGUAGAGCAGACCUGAGCAUUUUACGGCCCGAGGGCCACAUCCGGCCCCUUGGAUGUCACUGCUCGGCCCUUCGUGAGGUCCGUCAAAAGAUCGACUCUUACAAAUAUAUAACAGAGCAACACUACUGGAAGAGCCGUAAGGUGAUAGACCAGAUGUCACAUGGUUUUUGUGGUUGCUGUGGUAACAUACAGGAGUUUGGGUCACGGGAUGAAUGCCGGGUAUUUAUGAAAAGAUGUGGCUUACCUGCUGUCAGGUGGAGGGAGGGGAGCAGGGGAGCUGUAAUUUUUGUUGACCGCUUUGGUUUGCAUUUGUUCGUUCUUGCUGGUAUCAAAAGGAGUCCUGUGUGUGACCACGAGCUGAUGUUUCAUUAAAACCACAGUAAAGUGCAUCAUAUGUCUCUCUUGUCUAUGGAGAAAGCGAUAGCGCGUCGGACAAAUACUGGACCCUCAACUUUCCUCUCAAGCGACAAGGUUGGUCUUUUGAGUCACUAUAACUACUAUAUGAAACAAUACAAACACAUGUAAACAAAGGUGUAGGUAGGACAUCAUGCUUUAAGUGUUUCCGCUGUUUGUGGAGAUUUUUUUUUUGGCAUUUUCGGCAAACUGGUUGGCUGUCCUCAAUCAGUGUCCCUUCUGCGUCUUUGUAGAAGCCUAAGUACACUCAGACUUUGGACUUUGUUUUCUUUGACAGUGGAAAAAUCUCUGCAACAGAACUGCCCGCAGAACUGACCUCCGUCAUGUUUACAAGUUGUAUACGGUGCGGUGCACAAUGACUCCUGCAUGCGGCUGCUCUUCUCAACAUUUAGCAGCAUCACUGUGGGCUUUUCCAGAGUGUGGCCAUCAAACACGGUUUUAAUGGUAAUUAAAAUUUGAAACGGUAGUACUAACCGUCAGACAUUUUACCGCGCUUUAUCAUUUUACCGGAAAUCGUUACAUAUCUGCUGAGGACAAAUCAAGUCUUUGUGUUACGUGUCUUCUACUUGCAUAAACAGUUUCUUCUGACAAAAGACGCUCACCAAACUGACUUGUAACUGUCAAGUUUAUUAUUUGAUUAUUGUUUAUAAAAAUUGAGAAAACAGCUGCUGCCUGACAUCUGGUUACAGUCAUAAAAAAUUAUUAUAUAAAACUCAUCAAUCAUGUGGCUAACAGUGCUAUUUACUUUUGUAUAUUCAAGAAAUUCAUCAAUAUAAACCUCAAUGUAUUUCAUAGAUAUCAAAAAACUCAUCACAGGAGCUUUAAACCCGCAGAUAAAUGGACAGACUGAAUGUCCACCAAAGAAAAGUAUUCUUAGAUUACAAGAAAUAUAUAUAUACUUUUAUUUGGGUCAAUAUCCAUACUGAUGCGUACCUUAUUUAUUUACAAAUACAGAUAAUACUGUGCAUCUCUGAUUUUAUUAUUAUGUAUUUCAGUACAUUUCAUAGAGGUAUAAAGGUAUUUAGUACUUGUAGACAGGGAAUAAAUUUAACAAGUUUGACAGAAAAAGUCCACCUGCCAGUUAAUUUUUUACCAGCCAAAACAAUAAAUCGCAUUUUUGUUUGGGAUAGAGGAUUUGUGAUUUUAGUAGACACAGUUUUUUUUUUUUUCACUUGUUUUGUCUGAUACCAAUAAAUGAACACAAAUCCUCUCCUGUAACAGAAUCAACCCGUAAACUGUGAGUUUUUUUUUCAGACCAAGGAAGUCACUUUAUUGGGCGAAAUUGAAUCAGCAGAAAUGUUCAUAUCAUGCAUGCUUCAUUUUUGUGUAACAGUCAUACAUGUUUCAGUGCAUCUCGAGAUAUAAGGGCCUUAUGUUAAACACAAAUUUUGCAUCAAAAUGACUUUAAAUGAUUGAAGAAAUAUAAGGUGCACACAGAGCCACACUUGAAAAUCAGUAAAAACAAGAACCGCACAUCUUAGUUUAAGAUAAGAUAUUCCUUUAUUAGUCCCACAAGGGGGAAUUUUAAAUUUACAGCAGCGGUAAAUACAAAAUAUAGAUCAAAGAAUAAAGAAACUUAGAAGAUAAAAAAAAUAAAAAAGAUAUAUACAUGAGUGUUAUUUACAGCUGUUAUGUACAUGUUGAUAAAAGUCACAUUAGAGUCGUAAUUGCAUAAAACUCUUCUCAGUGGAGUAGUUAAUGUCCCUGCAGUAAAUAGUCGUGCCUCGUGUGCGUGCGUGCGUGUGUGUCUGUCUGUCUGUCUCAGUGUACAGUACUCUGCUGAGACAAGAGCCAGACUUUUGAUUUGGCCUAUAAAGGUCAGGUGAUUGUUGAUACUAGCUCUGAUUGGUCAACAGACCAUAACAAAUAUGACAGCCAACCAUAGAAAUAGCAGUAUUCAUUAAAAUCAGUCUAGACAGGGCUCGACAGUGCGACUGUUUCACUCGCAUUUGCGACUAAAAUUUGAUGUGAGCAAAUUGUAAAAUGUAUUUAGGGGCACAUGUGCACAUAAAAAAAUUAGCCACGGUAACAAAUAUUAUUUUUUUUUUCAUGUAAAUACUGCGGUGAAGUUAGUUUUAGGUUGGGUAUUUGACGGACAUUCACUGAGGAUCUACCGGUGUCUUCCUACUCUCCAUAACCGGGAAACACAACAGCAGCGCAGAGAAAUCUACUCGGCACCCUUGCUGUCAAUGUUGGGUGUUGAAUAAGGGACCAUCAAUAAAUUACCAGUUGAUGUUCUCAGAAAAGGCUGUUUUCCUUCAAUAGCUUCCAUGUCAUGUGACCAACUGACCUAAAAUUGAUUUCAAGUAAUAGUACUAAGGUCGACCAAUAAGACACACUCUUUAGUUUCCCUAAUUUGUUCCAUCCAUCCAUCCAUUUUCUACCGCUUAUUUAUCGCGGAGGGGCUGGAGCCUAUCCCAGCAUCUUCGGGCGGAGGCAGGGGACACCCUGGACAAGUAUUGAUUGUAUCUCCAAAAGGCCACCAGUCUCUCAAAGCAGGGGAUUUUAGAGUAAGUUGUGUUGUUGUACCUGUUGGACUAAUAUUAAAACACAACAAUAUUUAGCUGUCUAUGACAGCAUUUUCCACCACUCCUGUGCUCUGUCCACCAUCAUUACUUCCUUGGUUUUCAUUUGUGCUGACUGCCUCUCACAAUGCGUCACAUCAUUAUUUUACACGGCUAGCGGUGCAAAGUAGAUGGCAUCGAUAAGUGAACCAUUAUGUGUUCAGGUAGUUGAUGUCAAAUGUUCAAACUCUUUGGAACCAGUUCUGAUUUGGUACCCCUGUCCCUCUCGCCACAUGGAAAGUCUACCUGCAUUUGGCACAUGGCGGAUGUUGAUUUGAGACCCUGCAUGUCUGUAUUUUAAGACAGAGAUAGACAAACAACUUCUGAGAUCUAAGGGUUCAACUUCCUGUUUUUAUUGGUGCAGUUUGAUGUAUUUGUGGAGAGUUAUGUAACAGCUGUUUCUGGUUCAAAAAAACAAAAAACAAAAUCAUCUUCCUCUUUGAAAACAAAAACCCUCUCUUUGAAGUUGUCAGACUCAGGGUUAUAGUCUAAUCCUGAUUAAGUGAUAAAAUGUUAGCUUUAAUAAGAAAUACAAAAAAGACAUCUGGUGGUUAGAGAAACUUCACACACUGUAGAAGGACUUUUACCAAAGUUCUCAUCCUGCUAACUUUACUGUGGAAAGUAUAAUUUAUAGUAAAUAUUUCAUGUGAAAAUUGUGGAAACAGUACACCGACCCCCUCACAUCACUUUUAGGCAUUAAAAAUGAAGGUUUUAAAACCAUCAGUCAUCUUGGUGAUGGUCAUGUUUGCUGAGAUGGUCAUGGAAAGGCAUUAAUGAACCAUGAAAUAGAGUUUCUUAUAGAUGUUAAACAGCUUCUCACAUAAGCUUUAAGUUAUUUUAAUCAGGUAAAAUCUGAUGUCCCAGAGCUUGACACUAACUUUUUUCACAUGUUCUCCUAAGUCUCCCAAUGAGCGUGGUCCAGACCUGCUCUUGUUCCUGGAAAAGCGUCUUGAGAUGACGACUGUUGUGAAUUGGCGCUAUAUAAAUAAAAUUUGAUUGAUUGAUUGAUUAAGUUGAAAAAGUAAGGAGCACACAGAAAACUUAAGGGGCACAAUGAAAAUUGAUCAAAUAAUGUGUGUCUCAUUGGUCGACCUUCAUACUAUUAUUUGAAAUCAAUUUUAAGUCAGUUGGUCACAUGACAUGGAAACUGUUGAGGGAAAACAGCCUUUUCUGAGAACAUCAAUCGGUAAUUUAUUGACUGUCCCUUAUUCUACACCCGACGUUGACAGCAAAGGUGCUGAGUAGAUUUAACCAAUAGACUGUAUAGACUUUGGACAACUUGGUUCCGCCUUCUGCCAGUAUACUGAUUUGAAGCCGAAAAGCUCUCAGUAAUUCUGCUUUUUUUCUCCGCUUCCUGUAACCAACCUUGCGCAGUUGUGUUGUACGCAUUCGGCAGGAGAGUUGAUGUGAUGAUGCUCGGCUCAAACAGCGUAUCCCCAGAUGAGCUACGCAAUCCUUGUACGCCAGUAGGCUGUAUUAAGUGUCAAUCAUAGAAAACAUGAACCCCCUAAUAACUUUUAAGAAUUGAGCUGUACAGAAAAAAGAGGACUUGAGCACAAACCAGUCUGAUACUAAAGUUUGUCCACAGCUCCAUAAGCUUUGCUGAAGGAGGCGGUAUUUAUGACCUAUACUGCAGCCCGUCACCAGAGGGUGCUGUUCUCGCAGUGGCCUCACCCAGCGAGGAGGCAUACGGUGUCCAUUCUAUAUACAGUGUAUGAUUGAACUGUGCUGCUGUUGCGAUUCCUGGUUAUGGAGAGUGAGAAGACACCGGUAGAUCCGCAGUGAUUUUCCGUUUAAUAUCCAACCUAAAACUAACUUCUCCGCAGUAUUUACAUGGAAAAAACAUUUGUUGCCUUGGACGAUUUUUUUUAUACGUGCCCCUAUAUAUGUGCUAUAUAGGGGCACGUCCUAUAUAUAAUACAUUUUACAAUUCGCACACAUGUAUUUUUAGUCGCAAACGCGAGUGAAACAGUCGCACUGUCGAGCCCUGUGUAAAGAAAUAUUUCUGUCUACACAAGUCAAGAUAUUUUUGUUUGUUCUUCAGAUGUUUUAAACCAAAGGUCAGUCAAUUAUUUUGAAUAAUUUCAGUUAACACAGUAACUGAUGAAUACUCACCUGCAGGAUCUGAAGUGUAUGUUUUCUUUUAGGGAAAAGACUUUUUGUGGCCGAAAUCCAAAAACAGUUUUAAAUGAUAUUAAUAAAACCAACAUAUUGAAUAAAACAAGCCAUGCAGCUACACCCGUUGCCUAGCAUCUUCAGCUAGCAAAAGAGCUAAUUCUUUUUCACUAAAAUAAAUGCAUAACCAUCACAAAAGCUUUGUUUUUGAGGGAUUGGAUCUGUACUGUCCCUAAAAAAAUACACCCACAGAUCUUUUUGGAUUUGAGAAGCGCCUGGAUAUCAGAAACAUGCAAAGUUCGUCAUCUGAAAGCUUCCACUGAUUUUUGAGUAUGUAGCAACAGUGUACCAAACUUUUUAGCAGUGAUAUUGUUGACCUAAUUCGUCAAAUACCUGAAGGCUGUCUUUAUUAAUAGCUAACCCCUAAUUAUAAAAUGAUCUAGUUUUUAAGGUGAAUUUUGAGGAACUGGAAACCUGUCUUGAAUUUGGCUCAGUAUGGUUAAAAAAACAGCCCUAAACCAGUCGAAGGUUUAAAAACUAUCCGAGAUUUUGUCAAGAUUUGGUUUGCCAAGCUUUGAGGCAGAGAUAGAGGAUCAGCUGUUGUUGUUGUCUGCAUCACUUCCUGUUUACAGCCAGCUGCUGAAACCGUCAGGCUGUUUCCUGAGACAACCAAAGUGUGAAGUUACAGAAACAUCAGUGAUCCUCUGACAGGGAGUCAAACGUUUCCAGACCAACCUCUUAAUGUGAAAGAAUCGUGGCUCUGUUACGUGUUCCUUCUGGUCGCCUUAAGUCACAGACUGUGUCUGAACUGUGGAAACUCACUUCUCCCAACUCUAUUCACAAUCUCAUUCUUUCGUUCACAUCCUGUAGCUCAUGACCUGAGACCUGAAACAUUGGUCAGCUGGUAAACUGAAAGUUCUGCCUGAGGGUUCAGUUUCUUCUUUACUAGAACAGUUAGGUGCGGCACCUGCAUGACAGCUCUAUCAUCAAGGACAUAUUCAGUCUUACAAGGAGACAUCCAUUGGUUUGACUUAAGUUGUUAAAAUCUGACCAAUCACUGCCCAAAUGUGUUGGGUCGGAUAGUGGACUUAGUGAGCUGUAGAAACUGUUGCACUAAUGAUGCUGUUGGGUAAAACGUGAUCAACAAACCGCCACAGAUCUGACCAGAUAAAGUUAUCACUCAGUACAUUUACAUGACAAUCGAGAAAACGGAAUUAUCCCCUUACGCCGAUUAAAACCGGACAACUGAAGUGCAUGUAAACACCUUAGUCCAACUAUAAUCGGAGUUUGAGAACUCUGAUUGUAGUCGGAGAACUCAGAUUAAGACAAAUAAUGCGACUUGAAUUUGAUUUUCUCUACCAUUUAACCAGCGUAGUCAGAGUAUGAUUGGACAAUGCAUGUGUGAGUGUGCCACGACCCUGUAACCCCGGAACAAAAACACCAGAGAAGAGGAGUAGUGUGCAUCUCAUCUGCAGAAAAAGUAGCAUGUGCAUCAUGUACGACAAAAAUAACGCUGUACGAUGCUCCAUCUUCUUGCUCCAAAAUGCCCAGCAGCAGUUGUAGACACUUCUGACACCUGCUGUUGUUGUUGACGGUUGUAUGGGGUUGGAAACUGCGCCGCCCAAAAGACCCGUAUCGCCCCCUAGUUUUGGGGAGGAGGACACGCUCACGUCAAUAAUUUGAAUUUUUCAGCUGCAUGUACACGCGGAAAAGGAGAGAAGUCCAAUUCAGAAAAAAAAAAAAAAAAAGAAUUAUGAGCUCAGUCCAUUUAAGCUGUACAUGUAAACGCACUGACUGAUUUGACAUUCACAGGCAUCAUAUCCCGUUUUUCCUUUAGGGAGGAGGGCCAAGAGGGAGAGGAGGUACCUGUUGACAUACAUGCCCCUGCCAGAGAGAGAGACAGGUCUCACAGUAAGACCAAGAAGGGUCGCCGAGAGCGUCGCCAUGCAGACCCUGGGGCAGAAUCCACAGCCACAUCCCAACCAACUGCCCUACUACCGCAACAACCGGAAAAGAAGCCACCAUCACAGGUAAAUGUAGUCAUUUCCGACGACUAAAGUUCGUUCCCCUCUGUACUGGGUUGUAUCUACCAAAGCAAAAUGACUCCAUGAUGUUUUCUCCCUGCAGGUGUCAGAACCACAAGCUGGCCCCUCAGAAGAGGUGGGGUCAGAGUCUGCGGCCGGCAGUGAGUCAGCAGGUUCUCCCAGACAGCGGCGCUCCAUCAUCCGGGAUCGUGGGCCGCUGUACGAUGACCCAUCACUACCUGAAGGCUGGACUCGCAAACUUAAACAGAGGAAGUCUGGACGCUCAGCGGGGAAGUUUGAUGUUUACCUGAUCAAGUAAGCGACAACCACUGCCAAGGCUAUGCCAGGUUUUCCUGCCGCUGCUGCGCCUACAGUUAAUAAUUCUGUUUUAUUGUUCAGCUCUGAGGGGAAGGCUUUUCGUUCCAAGGUGGAACUCAUCGCCUACUUCCAAAAGGUUGGCGACACAACUACUGACCCUAAUGAUUUUGAUUUCACUGUUACUGGACGUGGGAGCCCUUCCCGCCGUGAGAAACGUCCCCCAAAAAAACCAAAGGUGGUUAAACCAUCAGGUCGAGGCCGUGGGCGGCCAAAAGGUAAUUGGGUUCUUACUCAAAGUCUUGAAUUGAAAAAUGAAACUUCACAUGCAAUCAAGCUUAGGAAUGUCUCAUGUCACGUUUUUUAAGUUUUCUUGUGUUUCUUUGUGUUUGUGCAGGCAGCGGGAAGAUGCGGCAGGCCACCGAGGGUGUGGCCAUGAAACGUGUGGUCGAGAAAACACCAGGAAAACUGCUGGUCAAGAUGCCCUUUGGCAAGGCAGAACCCUCCACUGCCACCACCUCCAAGGUAAAAAAAAGUGUGACAUUCAGUCAUUCUCUACAGUCUCAAGGCCAGUUCAGAGCAACGAGAACUAUUAAAGGAUUCCUGAACACAACAGGGAGAAGGUUCAAGGGAGAGAAGUGGUCUAUUUCAAUUAAACUUACCCCCAAUUUUCACUGCAUCUGGAACAGCAGCGAUUUUCGCCGUCUGCCAAUUCCUACUGGAUCCGUUGGUGAGGCGAAUUUCGUGGUGGAUUUUGGACAGUGGGAAUCGCGAGAACUCACAAGAACCUGCGGAUUCGCGUGCAAUCGCUCGAUAACGAGUUGUCACUAUAAAAACAGCCACAGAGGCUAACCAUAUAAGCAGUAGAUUGUGUCUUUCCAGAGGAGGAAAUCUACUUCUAGACUGCUAGAAUGAGCAUCUCCUCAUCCAUGGUGUCAUCGGGGUGAAAUGACGUCAAAAACCUUUAACUUGUUCGUCUCCGCCCGUUUGCAUGGUGUGAAAUAUGAUCCUCCUGAAACAUGGAGUGUUUUAUUUUGAAAAGAAGCCGGAUGUUUUAUUUUGUGUCUGUGCCCAACUUCCUUUCCAGCACGGGUUAAUCUGUGCUGAAUUUAUCUGGCAUGCUCUGGCGUCCGGAAAAAAUAGAACUCUUGCGAUCAGUUGCGGAGUCCAAUGAUCUGCAGCAGAACGGAAAGAAGCCGAUGGAUAUUGACACAUUAACUUGAAUAGUUACGAUCAGCUAUGAUCAGCGGAUACAGCCUUUUCGUAGCCGUUCCAGAUGCAGUGGAAAUUGCAUCUGGAACGGUUGAAGAUCUCUUUCAACCAGUCCAUCAAAAAAGUUAGCGCAACAUCAGACAAAGAGAUCAUGACUUUCUUCAAGAACUUUGAAACAGCUGGGUCCAAAUGAUACCUGCCUAAAUUUGUCGGGUUUGUUUGCUGCUGUUGGUGUCUUCUUCCCUGCUCUCUGUGUGAAGAGCAGUUAUGGGCGAGCCAGCCAGAAGCCUGCUGGAAGGUAAAACUAAGGCCGGGUGAGGAAAGUUAAUUGUUCAUGCACAAGCCAGUGGAGCCGCAUGGAACCCUGAGGACCUGAAUUUGUGGUCAACAUCAGAGGAUUCUGAAUAGUUGUCAGUCUUCUUGCAGUCAAUUUAUUCAGAUGGGGACCACGAGUAUCGGCCUCUGUGGCCUUGUAUGCGUCUUUUGAGAAGUAUGAUUGUAUACCCAAGUGAUAUAGUAGCGGUCAGUUCUCUUGCAAGCAGAUUGUGUGGUUUGAAAGCUUUUUAAAUAUUCAAAAACAACUGUACUAAUCGAUGUGAAAAUUUCCCCUGUAGGUUGCGUCACCUGCCAUCGUGCCCAAGUCUCGUCCUGGCAGAAAGAGGAAAUCAGAACAGGAACCUCCAGUGCCACCACAGACUGCUCCCAAGAAACGAGGCAGAAAACCAACCUCAGCCUCGACAGCAUCAUCGGUCGCCGCCGCAUCCACCUCCUCAGCAUCAGCCUCUGGUAGCUCAGCCGGAAGCUAUGCUGCGGCCGCCAUUUUGGCUGCAGAGGCCAAACGGAGAGCAGCCAAGGAGUCUUCCACCAAACCUGUUGUCCAGGAAACAGCCCUGCCAAUCAAAAAACGCAAAACAAGAGAGACAGUGGAAGAGAGGGAGACAGUCCAGACUCCCACUGCUUCAACAGCUGAGACUGAAAGAAUGGCUCCUGCAGAGGGGGAAGGAGAAAAAGGGGAGGGAGGUCCUACCUCAGAGACUAUGCCUGCCCCCUCUGAGCAGAGUCAAUCACAAACGCAGAGGCAGCCCUCUGCUUCAGAUGAAGGCCAGUCACAUGGACAUAAGUCACAUAAAGGGAGAAAGCACAAGGAGAAAGCCGGAGAGGGAGGGAGAGGAGAGGAAGAAGAUGAAGAUGUAGGUGAUAUGGGCGGAGAGGGAGGUGGGGGACGGAGUAGCAGCAGCAGCAGUAGCAUUAGCUCAUCAAAAAGACACAAAAGGAAGGACAGACCGCCUCACAAACACCACCACCAUCACCACCACCACUACCAUCAUCGUCACCAACAUUCCCCUGCUUCGACAGCGGAUCAGCCUCUUCUUCCUCCAGCUUCUGGACCCCCAGACCCCCAGAGCCAGUCCAAACCUGAAGCUGAGCCCCAGACAGAGCCUCAGCUCAGCCCCCAGCACACACAGCAAACACCUCCUAGAUCACAGUCAAAGUCUGCAACUCAGUCUUCGCCGGAACCUCGACGACAUGCUCCCUCCCAACCACGCCACCUCACCCAACCAAGAACCCUUCAGCAUCCCCAGAACCAGUCCUCUACUCAGCCUCAAGCCCAGUCUAGGUACCCAGCAUCCCAGCCCUCUCCUACCAAGCAUGACACGCUCCAGCCAAGGCCUCAACUACCCCUGUCUCAAACCCAGGUUCAGACCCAGGCCUCCCCUCAAACACAGUCAAAACCAGCCCACUCUUCAGCUCAGCCCCAAACGCAGAUCCAGGCUCAGCAUCCUCCAUCUCAACCACACCCUUCUCAGUCCACAUCAAUACUGCAUGUUCAUCCACCCCAAACAAGGCAACCACAUCUGCAAACGCAGUUCCCCACAGCACUCCAAACCCAAACCCAGCAAAGACAUCAACCCCAACCUCAGCUCAGACCAUCCCAACUGGAGACCCGACCGUCAACUCAGCCUCUGACCCAAUCCAGGACCCCUUCCCAGCUUCAGACUCAAACCCAGUCUAGAAUCUCUGCCCAGCUUCAACCACAACCCCAGUCCAGGACCCCUUCCCAAAGUCAGGCCCAACCCCAGUCCAGGACCACGGUUCAAUUGCAGACUCAACCCCAGUCCAGGACCCCUGCUCAACUUCCGCCUCAACCCCAAGCAAGAACCCAUCUUCAGACUCAACUUGCCAGGACCCAACUUCAGACUCAACUUCAGUCCAGGACCCAACAUCAGACUCAACCUCAAGCCAGAGCCCAACAGCAGACCCAACUCCAGUCCAGGACCCCAGCCCAAAUUCAGCCUCAACUUCAAGCCAGAGCCCAAAUUCAGCCUCAACCCCAAGCCAGGACCCAACAGCAGACUCAAUCUAUUUCCAGGAUCCCAGUCCAUAUUCAGCCUCAAAUGCAGCCCAGAACUUCAACCCCAACUCAGCCUCAAGCCCAGUCCAGAACUCAUGCCCAGUCUCAACCUCACCUGCAGUCCAGGCAUCAGGUGCAGCCCCCGCAACAAACAAGGAACCUUCAACAUCAACCCCAGACUCAGUACAGACCCCAACCCAGACAGUCAUCCUCCCAGCCUAGACCAUUGCAGCCCCAAACCCAGUCCCAACCCCAGUCCCAAUCCCAAGCACAACCACAAUUUCAGCAGAUUCAAAUUCAGCCACGCCCCCAACCCCUACAACCUCCUCAGCUUUCCAGGCCCAAUGUCCAGCACAUUUCAUCCCACCGCCCAGCUUCCAGCCUAACCAGGACCAACCUGGUCCCUCUCCUGCAGAACCAGAGUGAGCAGCCCCAAGAUCUGAGUACAACACGUUCUGGUCGAGGGAGCCUGCUGCCAAAUCGAGAGGCUGCCGUAGAAGGCGUCAGGGCACAGGGUAGAGGGGAGCUGGUCGUAGCAUCAGAAAGCAGAGAGGUUGUAGGGGUUGAAAGGGGCUCAAACAGCACCCCAAGGUCCAUGCGUCCUGGAUCUCCUGGAGUGACCGGGACUGGGGUCGGUCUGGUCCCUGGGGCUGAAAGUAGGGCUAGACUCCGUGCUGAGCCAGAGGCAGCAGGUGAGGGCAGAGAGCUCAGAGACAUUGUCCCCCAGUCUGCCGUCCCCUGUCCAAGCCGAGAGGAAACCGUUGAGUCACGGACUGUGGUCAGCGAACGAGUGAGCUGA